UUCUCUUUCAUAUAUUUUCAUCACAUUCCGAAUCCUCUAAUCGAGUGAGCAGGUCAGAUCCCAGAUUCAUCCUCAAGGCAGUCUCGAUAUGCAGCCUCUUUGACCGCAUGCUGUUCAACCUUUCAACCUUUGAGUGUGAAAGCGCACUCUCGUGGCUGCGCAGUGAGCGCGGACAUGUGACAGCAGGUCAAAUAUCCACCAGGAAGCCAGAACGCAAAGAUAUCACGUGCAAAUUCUCAAGUUGUGUGAAUUUUUGUUGGAAAGAGCUCAAACAUUGCGAAAGCCGAAGCUGCGAGCGCAGUCGGUUGAAGUGGGCUGACAGUUGUGAAGUGCUCAACAUGUCAUCCUUCGCCCGAAAACGCUAUGCGUACAAAGGCCGCCACAGAUCCCCCUUUGGUCCAAUGUCUCAGCAGACUUAUAUUUGAUACUGAAAAUCCAGGCAUUUAUUGAUUUUCGCCAAAACAAUGCCAACCAUCAACCCGCUGCUGCACCCGUAUGUUGAACCACUAACUGGGAUCUCAACCCGAACAGGAAGCAUUGGCUAUGAACACUUCAUCAUCAAUCAGGCGAUACUUAUCGGCAGUGGGCUGCGGAGUGUUGCAGUUACAGUCCCGAGUCUGUCUGUUGACACAAGAACAAAGUUGUCAGCUUAUCCUCCAAAGGUCUCCAUUAUUUCUAGAAGCGGGAGCGGCCAUGGACCUUCCUUCACAGGUCACGUAGGCGGAGGAAUGCUUGCUGCGGCUACUAUGUCUGGGGAGGUUUUGUCAACCUCUUCUCAAGCGCAGAUCGAAGUUGCUUUGACUAAGGUGGAUGCAAAGCACGGAAUUCUUGCGAUUAUUAUGAAUCAUCGAGUAAUUCAUUGUUCAUCUUCCUAUCUAAUCAAUCUGAUGACGAGCAAUCAAGGCAAUGUUACCAACUUCAAAGCGGCCAUCUCAAAGUUCAAACUUCUGGGAUCAGGACAGAGCUUGUGGUUGUCGGGGAUGGUGUUGGCCGUGGACGAAUCAGGGCACAGAAGCAUGAAGGAAGCGGAAUUGCCGGCAUAGUGUUGGUUUUAAAAGUUGCCGGAGCUUUUGCUGCUACUGGGUAACAUUUCUUAAAUCAUCCAUUUGUCUGAGUACCCUGCUAUACUU